AAGUUUCUCACCCCCCAAAGUCCCAACUUUUUCCAAAACGCUUAAGCAGCCGCUUUCUCUCUCUAAAAUCAGUAGUAUUACUCAUCCAUGGCGACUAUUUCGCCAUGCCCAUUUUCACUGGUGACCAAGAAACCUUGUUUUACUGUGAAUUUCGGACAUGGGCUCUCAAAAAGUUUGGAUUUUGGCCAUUCUUCGUCACCCAAAUUGAGGACCUUUGAGCUCAAGAAGAGCCAGCUGCUUGUCUCUGCAACUACCAGUAAUAAUGCUGUGUCUGUGACUAAGUCUGUGCCUCCUGCUACUCGCUCUGGGGUGAAACGCCAUACAAUUUCAGUGUUUGUUGGGGAUGAGAGUGGAAUAAUAAACCGAAUUGCAGGGGUUUUUGCUAGGAGGGGUUAUAACAUUGAAUCUCUAGCUGUUGGAUUGAACAAGGACAAGGCUCUGUUUACCAUAGUUGUGUCUGGAACUGAAAAGGUUUUGCAGCAGGUCGUAGAGCAGCUGAACAAGCUUGUGAAUGUCAUAAAGGUGGAAGAUAUCUCAAGGGAGCCACAAGUAGAACGUGAAUUGAUGCUUAUCAAACUUAAUGCAGAUCCUAGUACCCGUGCAGAGAUCAUGUGGUUGGUGGAUAUCUUCAGAGCAAAAAUUGUGGAUAUCUCUGAACAUUCAUUGACAGUUGAGGUCACUGGAGAUCCUGGGAAAAUGGUUGCUGUUCAAAGAAACUUACGAAAAUUUGGAAUCAAAGAACUUUCAAGAACUGGAAAGAUUGCUCUGAGACGAGAAAAGAUGGGUGAGACAGCUCCUUUUUGGAGAUUUUGUGCAACUUCUUAUCCGGAUCUGGAAAGGACAGUGCCUGAUGAUGCUCCUUUAGGAAAAAUAAAUCAUUCACCUAAUGGUGAUGCCAUCUCAUCCUCUAGGGGAGAUGUUUAUCCCGUGGAGCCGUAUGAUUUCUCAGUGAGUCAAAUUCUUGAUGCUCAUUGGGGAGUUCUCUAUGAUGAAGAUUCUAGUGGGCAUCAGUCACACACUUUGACAAUGCUUGUCAAUGACUGCCCUGGAGUUCUCAACAUAGUCACUGGGGUAAUAUCUCGAAGAGGGUAUAAUAUUCAGAGCCUAGCUGUGGGACCUGCCGAAAAGGAGGGACUUUCUCGCAUUACAACUGUUGUUCCUGGUACCGACGACUCAAUCGGCAAGUUGGUUCAGCAACUUCACAAAUUAAUUGAACUUCAUGAGGUUCGGGAUAUCAGUCACUUACCGUUUGCAGAGAGAGAACUGAUGCUGAUAAAGGUUGCUGUGAAUCCUGCUGCCAGGAGGGAUGUUCUUGAUAUUGCUAAUAUUUUCCGUGCGAAAGCUGUUGAUGUGUCUGAUCACACAAUAACCCUUGAGCUCACCGGUGAUUUCAACAAGAUGGUUGCACUGCAGAAGUUAUUAGAGUCUUAUGGGAUUUGUGAGGUUGCAAGGACUGGAAGAGUGGCAUUGGUGCGUGAAUCGGGUGUCGAUUCCACAUCUCUUCGUGGUUAUCCUCUUCCAUUGUGACAAUUGGGAAUCCACUUUAGCCUCUUCUUGUGGUUUUACCGUCUCUAGUGUAAAAGUUGAAUCAAUAGGCAUUAAGAAGUUUAAUCUUGAUUAAGGGAGCCACUUCAUGAAGCUUAAAUAUGUAUGUUUGAUCCUACACCAAGGAUUAAGAUGAGUUUUCGAGGCUUGGAACUUCAUAGAGGCAUUGUUUGUUUCUACUCUCAUUUAUCUUAGUUUUCAUUUUUAUUUCUAACUUUUUGCUAUUUCUUUUUAUAAUUGGUCCUAUGUUACAUUUUAGUCAUGAGUUUAAUAAUAUCUUGGUUUUUUUUUUUAUUUCCAACUUUCAGCUAUUUCUUCUUGUAAUUUGUCCCAUAUUGUAUUUUUGGUCAUGUUGUUAAUAAAGCUGAAGGAAUGAUUACAUUUUUCUUCUA